AUGAAUGACCUCCACGGCUUUACGCAGUGGCUGCCGUGGUGCUCGCAAGCCACAUCACACUACUUGGCAGGUGAUUGGCACUUCGGUUGUUUGCCGCAUGUCAAUCAAAGCCUCUUCUGUUGCGGCGAUGAACUUGUAGAGCUCAGAGAGCAUGUGGAAAAGGUUCUGGCGUACCGCAAGAGAGCUUUGAAUGAUGCUGCGGAUCAGAUGGAUUCAUUGCACGAAGACAAAUCAACGAUAUCAACGCGAGCACACUGCACGGCGGCUGGGGAAUCUAUAGAGUACUUGAGACGUGCAUUUAACGAGGCACGAGUGCUGGCAAUUGGCGGGCUGGAGGUUUUAAGAUUUGGUCUCCAAGACAUUUCGUGCCAGCUGUGCUGGGCAUCAGAGGCAUCAAGAUCUGCCCAGAUAGCUCGGGUUUUCAGGCGUGACCUGGAAGCUGUGAUGAACCGUCUGGGCCAGCUGCGUGAGGGAGUACCUGCUUGGACGCCAUGUAUGCCUUUGUUUUGGAAAAGUACAGUCGGCACAGCCAUUGCAGUGGACGUGGCAGUACGAUCGGGUGGUUUUUUUGCAAUGCGUCAGUGGGUAGAAUCGAUUGCAAUGUCCUUAACUGCAACUGCUGGUGAGUUUCAGACACUAACCUUCAUCUUGCGGUCCGUAUUAGGCGAGCCCGUACAUAUCGUUCAGGAAGUGCAGUCAGUUGCUGCACAGGUCAAGGAUGUUCCUGUUCCACGCAUUGUGGACAUGCCUCGUGCGGCUAUCCUAGUUCAUGGUUGUGGCCCGGUGUCAUUUCCCAAGAUUGACAUCAUAACUGUAGGUAAAGACGAUUGUGCAAGCAUUUGGCGCAAGUUCCCCUAUGCCUUUGAACCCACGUCGGUCGUACUGCCGGCGUCAUCAGUCCGACUGGUUUCCUACACACUUCCAUCCGCUGUGCAGCUGCAGCAAGUCAAGGACCUGAUUGAAAGUCCACAUCCACAAGCGGCGGUUCCCGACGGAUUUUCCGUUGCUCCCGUCACGCCCGCCUUUGAUGCAAGCAGCCUUCAAAAUUCCCAUGCCCGCGACGGCAAAGUUCUGGUGUAUGUAUGCUUACACACAUCAUUCUGCGGUGGACAUGGAGACCGAUUGUUCGGACUGCUAUCAGCCUUUCUCGCCGCUGUGCUGUCCAAGCGCGCAUUCUACAUUGACAUGCGUGCCCCCAUACCCUUGACCAGUGUGCUGUCUGCCAGGCAACCCUGGCCUGUCGUCACGACAUCUUGCGUAACAUAUCGAUGGACAUCGGCAGAGGACCCAGAAACUUUUGUUCAAGAUGUGUUGCGCUUCUUCGAGGAUGACUCCAAUGUACUUUGCGUAGUCUCAAACGUGAGACUCUUUCGUGUUCUGUUGCAGCAUGACAGCUCCAGAACGUUUGCCCGUGCAGGGUUGCUGUCGGGUUUGUUUCUGCACCUGUUUACGCUGGCACAAUCACCUGGAGCAAUCGUCAAGGACUUCAUGCACAGGCUUGAUGGCCGGCAGCUCAUUGGAAUACAUUUCCGCGCAGGGAAUGAAACCACAUGGUCGGAUCCUGCAAGACAUUCCCUCCAGGAAAUCGAGCUAGCGUUGUCUUGUGCCGCAGCCGUCGAAUCGCACAUGGGACUCCCCGGAGACACAGUUUGGCUACUGGCUGCUGAUACUCUCAAAGUGCGUGAUUAUCCAAGCGUCUUACAUUUGCACACAUUGGGCAAGAUCAUGUAUGUUGAGCAGAGGCCUACGCACAUCGACAGAUCGUCACCAGAUGUAACUGCUAUUUACCAGUCCUGGGCUGUGUGGUGGAUCUUGGCAUUCGAGACACAAGCGCUUUUGCUUUCUCACUCCAACUUUGGCUGGAGUGCGGCGGAAAUCGGUCAGCGUCGCUCGUUUCAUUUUCCAACCUGCCGGCCAACGGACGUGACUAGCCCAUAG